CUCUCUUCCUCUCAUUCACCGACGUGUCAGUCUCCUUGUGUCCAGAGCAGAGCAGCAGACAGACCGCUCAGUCCACAGACAUGGCUCCCAAAGGCGGCAACAAACAGCAGUCGGAAGAAGAUCUUCUCCUCCAGGACUUCAGCAGAAACCUGUCAGCAAAGUCUACAGCUUUGUUCUACGGAAAUGCGCUCAUCGUUUCAGCCAUCCCCAUCUGGCUGUUUUGGAGGAUCUGGCAUAUGGACCUCGUCCAGUCUGCUGUUCUGUACGCUGUGAUGACUCUGGUCAGCACCUACCUGGUUGCUUUUGCCUACAAGAAUGUCAAAUUUGUGCUCAAACACAAAGUUGCCCAGAAACGUGAGGACGCUGUUUCCAAGGAGGUGACCAGGAAGCUGUCUGAGGCGGACAAUCGCAAGAUGUCGCGCAAGGAGAAAGACGAGAGGAUCCUGUGGAAGAAGAACGAGGUUGCUGACUACGAGGCCACCACCUUCUCCAUCUUCUACAACAACACUCUGUUCCUAGUCCUCGUCAUCAUCGCCUCCUUCUUCCUGCUCAAGAACUUCAACCCCACCGUCAACUACAUCCUGUCCAUCAGUGCCUCAUCUGGACUCAUCGCUCUGCUGUCCACAGGCUCCAAGUAAAAGAGGAGUGAACAGAGAAAAAGCUGCAGGGAUAAGGGUUAAUGGGGUGGGAAUGGGUGGGAAUGGGUGGGAGGGGAGGAUGUGGGUUAAGGAAAGUUUUACAGGACAUUAUUUUUCAAUUUAGUAAGGAAUUGAGUUUACGAUGGGAUUGAAGUGUCACAUUUCAACUUCAUGAAAUUCAUGAUCAAAUGUCUGGGGCAUGUUUCUCCAGUUGUAUUCUGUUUUUUGUAACAAAUAAAGCAACCAGGUAUACUUGUCCUGCA